AUCGACGAAUCGCACAAAACUAAUGACAAUCAUCUGUUGGAUCAAUUGAUCCAACAAAGAGACGCUCUCAGAGCGCGAACGAAGACAUUAUUCAACCCACAGUUCGGCAGUAUAUUCCGGACGCAUAACAAUCCCACGUAUUUCUCUCGCCGUCUGUUCCGCUAUUCAGACAUUUACAUGUCUUUUGUCACCAAUUUAUGCAACUAUUCAAUGAAUCACAUAUUCUGUCCGCGAAGAGGACUACUGCCUCACGAGAGCAACAUCUCUCAGGUCCACAUCCAAGACAAUCAAUCAAACUUACCAUAAGCUCACAAAACUAGCUAACAAUUGUAAACUAUUAAUAGUCCUUGUUAUUAGAUCUGAUGGUUUAUAUAUAGGCUUAUAAUUAAAUGUUAUAAUUAGACGAUUAAACGUUUAAAUUGAUUAAAAUUAACGCAAAACUAAAA